AUGGAGAGGCCAAGCUGUUCAAGACCUGAGGACCCCGACCUCUACAAAGAUGAUUUCUUUCAAAAGGCAGCAUUCAGUUGGGUGGGCAAGGAAUGUCUCCUUGCAAUCGAUCAUCAAGGAACUUGUAAUUGUUGUUGGGCUUUUUCUGGAGCUGAGGCUAUUACAGCUGCAUAUGCCAUUAAGAAUAAGGAAGUCAUUCCUCUCUCCAAACAACAAUUGAUUGACUGCACACCCAACUACUAUACUGUCCGUUCCCUGAAGAGUGUGGAAAAAAAAACAAGUGCCUGCUAUACUGCGCAUUACAAUUUGGUUUACGAAUUUGCCAAGGAUUAUGGCAUAGUUGAAGAAAGUGCAUAUGAAUAUAAUGAGAUGAGAGGAGAUUGUGUCCACCCCACCGCUAGAACUGUGUUCAUUGAUGGCUAUGAGAAAGUACCUAGCUCGACCACUAAAGAGGGGAUUGAAGAAUUAAUCAGGAAGCAACCAAUCACUUGUGCCAUCCCCUUUGUUGCUAGCCUUCAGGCGCAUGUCGGAGAGGGGAUAUAUAUGGGGAAUUCUGAAUUAUCUAGCUUAUCAUAUCCGAAAAUCAAUUACUAG